AUGAGCCAACAACUCCAACGUCGCAAGUCAGCCAUGACCAUGCCAGCAAAACCACUGCCAGGUCUAGCAGAUGCCCUCUGUGAUCGCGCAAAAGUGGCCGUCCUGUCCCUAGACUGUCAAAAGGGUUUCUUUACAAAACAACCUGCGGCAGAGCUAGCCAUUAUCCCUCAAGCAGUACAAGUGUUGACAUGUGCACGCCAACGACUGUUGACGGUGAUUCACUCUGGCUUAGGGUAUGAAGCGGGUCGACCAGAGGCGCACUUUGGCAACCUCCUCUUUCGCCGUAUCAUGCCUGGCAAAGUAGCCAAUUCCUUCUUGCUCAAGACAGAUGCAUCCUCCAACAUUUGUGAAGCUUUAUUGGGGCUAGGAGACAUUCGCGUGUACAAGACACGGGACUCUGCGUUUUCAGGGACGGAGCUAGACAUGGUGCUUCGAGCUAAGGAGAUUCGGACGUUGGUGUUGUUUGGGCUGAGCGAUACGGUAGUCUCGACGGCAUUGGCUGCGUACAACUUGGACUACACGGUGCUAGUGGUGGCGGAUGCUGUGUAUGAGGAAGACGCAGAGGUACGCAGUGUCCUGCUGGAGAAGCUGUUACUGCGGUGUGCCAUAGUCUGUUCGACUGCGGCGUUUGUGGACUUUUUCAAGCGUGUGGAUGUGGAGAGCCUUGCGAUGAGCGACAUGAGCGAUGAUGAGCAGUAG